UUAACGUGUGCUUUGCAGCUUGUAGGUUGUUAGCUUCUAUAAGUUGUGAAAUGCAUUCAUAGUGUUUGUAUUUAGAAGAAAUUAUCUGGAUACUUCAUUUUUUCUCAAGCUUUUACUGAUGGAUUUCAGGCUCAUGCUGUUUGGGCUCACAGGCGCCCUGCUCAGUGUUGCCUGCGCCCAAAGCCGUCAGUACUACUUUGUGAACACUUCGCUCACAUGGACAGAAGCUCAGAGCGUCUGCAGACGGAACUACACUGAUCUGGCCACUAUUGAAAGCACAGCUAAUGUUGAUGGUUUUCUAAAUACCACCUUCAGUUAUACAGGCAAGGCAUGGAUCGGUCUUUAUGAUGACACAUUAAACAGCUGGAAAUGGUCCCUAAAUGACAGCAGCUUCUACGGACCUGGAGAAUAUUCAUUUAGGAACUGGCAACCCACCCAACCCGAUGAUUAUUUUGGACAACAGCAUUGUGUUAGAAUUUACGGUUCCAGUGAUUCCUCUCUUGGCCAAUGGGAUGACAUUGGGUGCACAGAAACAAUGCAAUUUGUGUGCUAUAUGCUCGAACUGUGUGUAGUGCUUCGUCGGGUUCCUGCUGCCUUUCUCCCACACACCAUCCAGAUCAAACUUUGUUAUGGAUUCUACGUCUACAAACUUCAACAGCCAUCUACAUGCCACCUGGCAUAUUGUACAGAACCUCAACCCUUCAGAGUAUUGACACAGAGUGAGACCAGCAUCACUCUGCAGUGGAAUAAAAUCAACAACAACAUCAGCUUUGUUCUCCAGUUUAACGGCACAGAGACAAACAUCAGUGCACCAGAUGGAGAUGGACCAGUGAACUACACGGUCUCAUCUCUGACUGCUGGAACCAAAUAUACAUUCACUCUGUUUUCUGUGUUUGGAAAUGUGAGAAACACUGUAGACCAACUGACAGCUGUCACUGCUCCUCGAAAUGCAGAAGGAUUUACAAAGUCAGGACAAGAUGAUAUCAGCAUCACUCUGCAGUGGAAUAAAAUCAACAACAGCACCAGCUUUGUUCUCCUGUUUAAUGGUGUGGAGACAUUCAUCAGUGCACCAGUUGCAGAUGGACCAGUGACCUACACUGUCUCAUCUCUCACUCCUGGAACAAGCUACACAUUCACUCUGUUCUCUGUUCUUGACAACGUCAGGAGCAGUGGAGUCAGUAUUACAGCAGCUACUGGUCCUUGUACCGGCUGUCGAUGUUGUGCUUUGGGCACAGAGUGCAUCACCACCAAUGGAGUUGUUGAAUGUCUUGACCCCUGUGUGAACUACACUGUACUGAACGAUGCAUGGCGUUCAACAGAGAAUACAGACAAUUCAGUCUUACACUGUGACCGAUUCAUUGCCUGGAGUGGUUGGUAUCGCUUUUAUUUGGGGCAAAGCAGCGCUCAGAUACCAGAGAAAUGUGUAGCAGAACAAAGAUGUGGAACUCAUGCUCCUUUGUGGAUAAAUGGGGCUCAUCCAGUCCAGCUUAAUGAAACUGUAACUCGAACUGUGUGUAACGCUUGGUCGAGUUCCUGCUGCCGUUUUCCCACACACACCAUCCAGAUCAAACUUUGUUAUGGAUACUACAUCUACAAACUUCAACAGCCGUCUACAUGUUGGCUGGCAUAUUGUGCAGAACCUCAACCCUUCAGAGUAUUGACACAAAGUGAGACCAGCAUCACUCUGCAGUGGAAUAAAAUCAACAACAACAUCAGCUUUGUUCUCCAGUUUAACGGCACAGAGACAAACAUCAGUGCACCAGAUGGAGAUGGACCAGUGAACUACAUGGUCUCAUCUCUGACUGCUGGAACCAAAUAUACAUUCACUCUGUUUUUUGUGUUUGGAAAUGUGAGAAACAGUGUACAGCAACUGACAGCUGUCACUGCUCCUCGAAAUGCAGAAGGAUUUACGAAGUCAGGGCACAAUGAGACCAGCAUCACUCUGCAGUGGAAUAAAAUCAACAACAGCACCAGCUACGUUCUCCAGUUUAAUGGAUCAGAGACAUUCAUCACAGCACCAGAUGGAGAUGGACCAGUGACCUACACAGUGUCAUCUCUCACUGGUGGAACCACAUACACAUUCACUCUCUACUCUGUGUUUGAGAACGUCAGAAGCAGUGGAGUACAACUUACUGCUGUCACUGCUCCUUCAAAUGCACAAAGUUUCAUACCAUUGUCACAAGAUGAGACCAGCAUCACUCUGCAGUGGAAUAAAAUCAACGACUACACCAGCUUUGUUCUCCAGUUUAACGGCACAGAGACUAACAUCACAGCACCAUAUGGAUAUGGACCAGUAACUCACACUGUCUCAUCUCUGACUGCUGGAACCAGAUAUACAUUCACUCUAAUUUCGGUGCUUGAAAAUUUGACCAGCAGUGGAAUCAGCAUUGCAGCAGCUACUGCACCUAAAAAUGCAAAGGGCUUGAGAGCAUCAGAACAAAAUGAGAGAAGCAUCACUCUGCUGUGGAGUAAAGUCAACAACAGCACCAACUUUAUUCUCCAAAUUAACGGCUUUGAGUCGUUCAUCAGAUCACCAGAUGGAGAUGGACCAGUAAACUACACCGUCUCAUCUCUCGCCGCUGGAACCAAAUAUACAUUCACUCUUUUCUCUGUGUUUGAGAACGUCAGAAGCAGUGGAGUACAACUUACUGCUGUCACUGUGCCAGAAAAUGCAAAAGGCUUCAGAGCAUCAAAACAAGAUGAGACCAGCAUCACCCUGCGGUGGAAUAAAGUCGGCAACAACAUCAACUUUGCUCUGCAGUUUAACGGCACAGAGACAAACAUCAGUGCACCAGACGGAGAUGGACCAGUGAAACAUACAGUCACAUCUCUGACGGCUCGGACAAACUACACAUUCACUCUUUUCUCUGUGUUUGAAAACACCAGAAGCAGUGGAGUCAGCAUUCUUGCAUCUACUGAGUGCAUCACCACCAGUGGAGUUGUUGAAUGUCUUGAUCCCUGUGCCACCUACACUGUGGUGAACGAUGCAUGGCGUUCAACAGAGAAUACAGACAAUUCAAUCUUACACUGUGACCAAAACAUUGUCUGGAGUGGUUGGUAUCGCUUUUUUUUGGGGCAGACCAGCGCUCAGAUUCCAGAGAAAUGUGUAGCAGAACAAAGAUGUGGAACUCAUGUUCCCUUAUGGAUAACUGAGGCUCAUCCAGUCCAGCUUAAUCAAAUUGUAACUCGCACUGUGUGUAAUGCUUGGUCGGGUUCCUGCUGCCUUUUUACCUCACACACCAUCCAGAUCAAACUUUGUCAAGGAUACUAUGUCUACAAACUUCGACAGCCAACUGCAUGCCACCUGGCAUAUUGUGCAGAACCUCAACCUUUUAGGGUAUUGGCACAAAAUGAGACCAGCAUCACUCUGCAGUGGAAUAAAAUCAACAAAAGCACCAGCUUUGUUCUCCAGUUUAUUGGAUCAGAGACAAACAUCAGAGCACCAGACAGAGAUGGACCAGUGAACCACACAGUCCCUUUUCUCACUGCUGGAACUAAAUAUACAUUCACUCUCUACUCUGUGGUUGAGAACGUCAGAAGCAGUGGAGUACAACUGAUAGCUGUCACAGCUCCUCAAAAUGCAGAAGGAUUUACAAAGUCGGGACAAUAUAAGAGCAGCAUCACCCUGCAGUGGAAUAAGAUCAACAACAACACCAGCUUUGUUCUCCAGUUUAACGGCACCGAGACAAACAUCAGAGCACCAGAUGGAAAUGGACCAGUGACCCAUACAGUCUCAUCUCUGACUGCUGGAACCAAAUAUACAUUCACUCUGUUCUCUGUGUUUGAGAACGUCAGAAGCAGUGGAGUACAACUCGUAGCUUCCCUUGUGUUUGGAUGUAGAACAUAUUGUCUUGAUAUUUUAUUUAAUUUCAAGCUUUCACUGAUGGAUUACAGGCUCAUCCUGUUUGGGCUCUCAGUUUUUCUCCAAACAACUUCAUUGGUCUCUGUAGCUGCUGCCUCUUGUACUGGCUGUGAGUGUUGUGCUUCGGGCACAGAGUGCAUCACCACCAAUGGAGUCGUUGAAUGUCUUGACCCCUGUGCCACCUACACUGUGGUGAAAGAUGCAUGGCGUUCAACAGAGAAUACAGACAGAACAGUCAUAUACUGUGACCGAAACAUUGUCUGGAGUGGUUGGUAUCGCUUUUAUUUGGGGCAAACCAGCGCUCAGAUUCCAGAGAAAUGUACAGCAGAAAACAGAUGUGGGACCCAUGCUACGUUAUGGAUAAAUGGGACUCAUCCAGUCCAGAUUAAUGAAAUUGUAACUCGCAAUGUGUUUGGUUCCUGGUCGGGAUCCUGCUUCGCUUUUGCCUCCAUGACCAUUCAGGUCAAAGUUUGUUCUGGAUACUACGUCUACAAAGUUCAACUGCCAGUUUCAUGUUCACUGGCAUAUUGUACAGAAAUUGUGCCUUUCAAGGUACUGACACAAAGUGAGACCAGCAUCACUCUAUACUGGGGAGCAACCACCAGCAGCUUUGUUCUCCAGCAUGACGGCAAAGAGACAAACAUCAAUGCCGCAGAUGGAGCUGCAGCAGUGACUCACACAGUCUCAUCUCUCACUGCUGGAACUAGAUACACAUUCACCCUCUACACUGUGACUGGAAAUGUGAGAAAUAGUGGGGAGAAACUGACAGCUGUCACAGCUCCUCAAACUGCAGAAGGAUUUACGAAGUCAGGACAAGAUGAGACCAGCAUCACCCUGCAGUGGAAUAAAAUCAACAACAACACCAGCUUUGUUCUCCAGUGUGAUGGCACAGAGACAAACAUCAAUGCACCAGAUGGAGAUGGACCAGUGAACCAUACAGUCUCAUCUCUGACUGCUGGGACCAGAUACACAUUCACCCUCUUCUCUGUGUUUGAGAACGUCAGAAGCAGUGGACAGCAACUGAUAGCUGUCACAACUCCUCAGAAAGCAGGAGGAUUUACAAAGUCAGGACAAAAUGAGAGCAGCAUCACUCUGCAGUGGAAUAAAAUCAACAACAAUGUCAGCUUUGUUCUUCAGUAUGAUGGCAUAGAGACAAACAUCAGAGCACCAGAUGCAGAUGGACCAGUGAUCCACACAGUCUCUUUUCUCACUGCUGGAACCAGAUACACAUUCACUCUCUUCUCUGUGUUUGAGAACGUCAGAAGCAGUGGAAUACAACUUACUGCUGUCACUGGUAAGAUAUUUCAGAAACUGGAGAGUCGUUGCUUCUCUGCAUCGAAAGCAGUCAGCAGUUAG